UCAAUUUCUGCGUAGAAGAAGACAGGCGCCGCUGCGGUUUGCAAAACAAAUAUGUUUGUGACUGUGACCGAUAAGAAUUUAUAAUAUUCAGUUAUUAGGUCAUAAUGUAGAAAUGUAUAGAUAGAUAGAUAAAUAAGUGUAAUGUUAGAUACCGAAAGUUGUCGUUUGGAGUUUAAGUAAAGAGUUUUUAGCUCGGUAACGUGUUGUUACGUUAAGAGUUAGCUUGCUAGCUGACCGGAGCGCCGCUGCAGUUGUGCUUGACUCCAGUCAUGAGCGAAGAAGACAACUCGCUUCCAGCCGCGAGUAAAGAAAAAGACUCCACUCUGCUGCUGACUAAGGACGGACAGAGGUACUAUAUGAGCAAAAGCGGAGUCGUUGACAGCAGGAACGUAAUAACGCCGCACGAGCCGGAUAACAAUGCCUCGUCGUGCGACGCGGACGAUCCGGACGAAGAGAGCGACGUUCUGGACACAUCCGACCCCAGAGACAGCGCUGCUAGCCCCGAGGAGCUGAACGACGAGGAGACCUCCGAGGGGGACAACGCCCCCAAACAGUGCAUCUAUGAGGGAUGCAAAGAAACCACGACGCAGGUGGCAAAGCAGAGGAAACCGUGGAUGUGCAAAAAACACCGCAACAAGAUGUACAAAGACAAGUACAAGAAAAAGAAGAGUGACCAGGCCAUGUCCAGCGGAAAACUAGAUGAGAACUCUGAAGAGCGUCCAGUGUCAGUGAACAAACAACGCCUGAGCGGCAUGGGGGACCGACCUGCCAGACCUUCACUCAUAGAGCAGGUCUUGAAUCAGAAAAGACUGUCUCUGCUCAGGAGUCCGGAGGUGAUCAGCUUCCUGCAGCAGCAGCAGCAGCUCCUGGUCUCACAGAGCCGCAGUCAAGCACAGCAGCAGUUCCAGGGCUGUUGACCAGAACUGAUCAGUACGCAGCAGUAUUUGUAAAAACAUCAGACUAAUGAGAAGAAAAAAAAUACUGACACUUGUUCCAUCCAAGCAUGAUUUUAUCUAGAUUUAGAUAUAAAAAAUGCAGGUACAAAUUGGGGGCAUGUUGAGAAUUGUGGAAUUAAAUUAAUAUAUUAACUUAAUAUAAAGUUUAUUAAUGCCUGAUGGGAAAUACAUGAAGAGGUCACUCAAAAGAAGUGUGAACAUAUUUAUGUAGCAGAGUCUUCAGCUGUUAAUGAAGUUCAUUUUUUUACAUACAACCAACUUUUCCAAUGCUUUCUAUUUAAAUGCCAGUAGCAACGAAGGCUGUAGAUUACACUGGUUUGAAUGUGGGAAAACCUUCUACGUUGUCUUUUAUAUGAAGUGUUUAAACCUCCUUAAAUGUUGUUACAUGUGACAAUCAGUUGUCUUCAGUCAAGUUCACAUUUAAGGACUUGUUUUUAUCUAACAUUUUUUUUUUUUUAAGUUUGGUUCUAAUCAAACUGUAGCACAAAAAUGACAACAAAUAACGCUAACGUGCCAUCUGUUUGUAAAGUGUGGUAAUAUGGGAGAAGAAGUUUCUCUCCGUUUCAGGGUCUGUUUGUAGUCUGUACCCCCAAAUAUUGAUCAUUAAACAUAGAAAAAACA